AUGUUCCUGGUGGCCCAAAAGGCACUCCCGCUUCGCCGCAAGAAAGUUGAGCUCGGCUCCGUCUCCAUCGCCAUCUCCCUGCUCACGAGACACCACUCAACCAUCAUAUCGCACAACAGUCGUUCCGAGAUGGCCUUGGAACGUGGCGCCAGGCCGCUGGCACGAUGCCUGCGAUGCACGCGACACGGGAGAAUAUCCCUCCCAAUCAGGACAUUCACCUCUUCUGCACCACAGCAAGAAGCGGAGGUUCAGCAAACGACGAGUCCGCCGAUAGACCCAUUCACCGUGACGACAGCGAGACAGGAGAAGAAACUCAUGCGCGACCAACGCAAAAUGCCCAUCGGCUCGCGACGAAGGAGAGCAGCAAUGCUGACUAGCCCAAACAUCCCAUUUGUCGAACUUCCCUACCAAUGUUUCCAAGAAGCGCGGAAAGUCUUGCAGGAAGACCGCAACGAAAAGCUUGAACAGAUUCGCAUGAUGAGGGAACGCAUAGCAAAGCUCAGCGACAAGGUGGUAGUGGAUGAGGCGGAGCAAGCGAAGAAGGAGCACUCAUUACGAAGCAUGAGGCAUCAUCUGGAGGACCUCAAGAUCUCGGCAGACAUGAACGAUCCGAUUGUGAAGAAGAAGUUUGAAGACGGGCAAGGCGAUAUGAACAAGCCCAUCUACAGAUAUCUUGCUGAUAGGGACUGGAGAUCCUACAAGCGGGAAAUGCUCAUGCAGCGCAUAGAGCAAAUGACGGUCACCCCAGACGUGUUAGCGAGAAUCGACCCAACACUGGAGACUAUUCUGUCAUUUCCAGCCCCAGGAAACACCCAUCGAAGACGUAUGGUACAACACGGCGAUUUUGUUGACUCACGUGUGUCGGAGACAGCACCGCAGCUACAGAUUCGCAAGUUUGACAAGGGCGAGAAGCUCUACACCAUUGCCGUCAUCAAUUCGGACGUACCCAACGUGAAAAGGGAUGGCUUCGAAUACAGGUGCCACUUCCUGGCCUGCAACGUGCCAAUUUCGCCCACCAAGGGCUUUGUCCACUUUGAGAAGCUCGAUCAGGAGAAUCAAGUAGUGCUCCCAUGGCUGCCUGCAUAUGCACAGAAAGGAGCGCCCUACCAAAGGAUGAGCAUAUGGGUACUCGAGCAGCCCCCAGCUGAGGAAGUGGCAGCCGGUUCAGGAGAAGUGUCACCGUCGAAGAUUAUCGAUUUGCCCCAGACCACGUCAAAAUCACAUAGUCAGCACAAGGCCAACAAGAAGUUCAUCGAGCGCGAUGGCUUCGUACUGAGAGGCUUGGCUGACCGGUAUUGCCUGAAGCCUGUUGGGGUCGAUCUAUUCCGAACGCAAUGGGACGAAGGCACUGCAGGCGUCAUGCGUCGUGCUGGCAUCGUCGGGUGGGAUGUAGAGUUCAAGAGGAAGCGGAUCGGUCCUCUGCCCUACAAGAGGCUGAAGGAAGAGAGGUACAGAUAG